AUGAUUACCAUCUUUUUAGAGAUACUCUCGUUCUUUGCGUUUGUGUGUCAGUUUAUCAAUGCUGCUGCUAUAAGUGGGAUCUUCCAAACGAUAGAUCAAAUCAGGUACGAUCCGGGUGCUUUCUACUAUGCCGAGCUUCCGAGUAACCCCAAUUGGGAUGUCGAACUUAGCUGGUCCAUAAACGGGUCCACCAUGAAUGCUGGCGAUACCUAUCAAUUGACAUUACCUUGUAUAUUCAAGAUCACAGCAGAUGUCGAUUCCUUCGAUCUAGUGGCAAAUCUGCAAGUUUUGGCCAACUGUAUUUUCCACAGCGGCGAACUCCUUGUCUCGUACUCUACGGUGACCUGUCAACUUACUAAAGCAGUUAAUUCAGACACCAUGGCUGUAGGUAAGACUUCAUUCCCUAUUACCUUUAAUGUCGGUGGUGGUAACUACGAUGUAAUGAGAACUUGUGCCACUUAUUUUGAAAAAGGUACCAAUACCCUUGAAUGGACUGACGGCACUAAUACACUCUCUUAUGACAUUGACUUCCAAGGUGGUUUUGCUUACGGUUACGAUACAGAUUCCAUCAUUUAUAGUCUUAAAGAAGUGCCCACCAUUUCAAGAUCUUUACUUUAUCUUAUGGCUGGCAACUGUCCAAAUGGUUAUCUGAGUGGUACAUUGGGUGUCACUGUUACCAAUGGAAAAUUAGAAUGCUCGUCGUUCCACCAAGGGUUAACCGAUUAUAUCAAUGUUUGGUUCAAUAAUGAAGACUAUGAACAAUCAAGUUUUGAUUUCACCUGUGAUGGUAACGCCCUCACGGUUAAUUAUUCAAACAUUAAAGGCAAAGGUAGACCAUUUCUAAAUAUUUUGGUCGUUUUCACUGGUGGUGAUUUUCUGACUUCAUUCACCAAUGACUACUAUUGCAGUGGGUCCGAUUUGAUAAACUCAAACUCCUUCAUUAAGAACUGGGGUACUUACCAAAAUGGUCUGGUUCAAGCAGAAGGUAUUGCGUUUACUACAAUUACAACAACUGUUGAUCAUGUCACAGUUACAACCGAAAAGGGUGUAAGUGAAACCACGUACAUUGUGUUGGUUCCAAUGUCCUCUACUACUACUACAACUACUUGGACCAAUGAGUAUACUUCGGAAACUACAGAUACAGGAACCCAAGGGACAGAAACAAUUAUUGUUCAAGUUCCUUAUUCACUGACUACCUUCACAACCACCUGGGCAAACUCUUAUGUAUCUACAACCACUGUGACCGGCGAAGAUGGAACAGCCACAGUUAUAGUAGAGUUGCCAACACCAAUUACUACCAAAACAACGACCUGGUCAAACUCCUAUGUAUCUACAACCACCACAACUGGUGAAGAUGGAACAGCCACAGUUAUAGUAGAGUUGCCAACACCAAUUACCACCAAAACAACGACCUGGUCAAACACUUAUUAUGGAAACGAUGCUUAG